GAAUCUUCAGCACUGUUUGUUUUUCUUUUCCAUCUCUUCAUCAGAGAAAAGAAAAAGGCAUGGGAAAUACCGAAUCAGGAUAUGAUGACACUUCUCACUCUGAUUUUUGGCAUCAACCUUCUUAUGAACCUUCAUCUGUAGCAGGAACUUCAGCAGAUCGAAACCAUCAACCCAGACAGCAAGCCCCAUCUAUACCUGACAGUUUCAGCUCAUUGGAUCAGGUUAUUUUAGCAUUGAGAGAGGCAGGACUUGAAUCAUCCAAUUUAAUACUUGGUAUUGACUUCACAAAGAGCAAUGAGUGGUCAGGGAGAUAUUCAUUCAACCGAAGAAGCCUUCAUGCUAUUGGUGGCUCUCCCAAUCCAUAUGAGCAAGCAAUCUCUAUAAUUGGUCGUACUUUAUCUCCUUUUGAUGAAGAUAAUUUAAUACCUUGUUUUGGUUUUGGUGAUGCAUCAACACAUGAUAAAUACGUAUUCAGCUUUUAUCCGGAUCACCGACCUUGUCAGGAUUUUGAGGAAGCUCUUGCACGGUAUAAAGAGAUUGUUCCACACAUAAAGUUGGCAGGUCCAACUUCAUUUGCUCCAAUUAUUAAUGCUGCAAUUGACAUCGUGGAUAGCAGUAAUGGACAGUACCAUGUUCUUGUCAUUAUCGCAGAUGGACAGGUUACAAGGAAUCCCGACGUACCGCAUGGAAGGCAUAGUCCACAAGAACAAGCAACUGUUGAUUCCAUUGUUGCUGCUAGUCAUUAUCCUCUCUCGAUUAUUUUGGUUGGAGUGGGGGAUGGACCAUGGGAUUCAAUGCGACAAUUUGAUGAUAAUAUUCCACACCGCGCCUUUGACAACUUCCAGUUUGUCAACUUCACAAAAAUCAUGUCUGAGAACACGCAAACUUCGAAGAAAGAAACAGCCUUCGCUCUCGCUGCCCUCAUGGAAAUUCCGUAUCAGUACAGAGCUACCCUGAAUAUUCGUUUUGAUAAUCGAGAACUAGAAUAUGGACACGAAAGACCACUUCCGCCUCCACUAGAAGUGAUUGAUCAUGACAAUGCCGUUCGAUCAAUCCCACGCAUGACAAACUAUGAAACAGUGCAGCCAACAGUCCCUGCACAACCUGUAAUAAGUUCUGCAGCAGAGCCGCUCUGCCCUAUCUGCCUGACAAACCCAAAGGACAUGGCUUUUGGAUGCGGUCACACGACUUGCAAGGAUUGUGGGGUGACAAUCUCAUCAUGUCCGAUGUGCCGGCAGCCGAUAACGACGCGCCUGAGACUGUAUACCUAAUAGAGAGAGCGAAUUUUCCGUUGAAGCAUAUUC